AUGCACUACACAGAGACCCAUCCGGCCUCGAGGUCGCCCCCCAGGCCGGACUGGGAAAUCGGGCCCUAUGCAGCCUCGGAGGAGUCAGAGACUAGCCCGGAAUGUCGUAGUGUUAGCUUCAGCUUCCCAAGCCCAGCUGCCGACGUGGGCAGUGUUCAGGCUCUGUUUACCUAUCUGCCAGGUACUAGCCUCGAUCCUUCAUUGGCCACUCUGUUGCUUCAUGGUAUGCUAUCAGUCGGCGAGGAUCUGGGCUGUUACGGCAUUUGUGGCAGCCUACCAAGACCAAUUUCGUCUCGCCCCCUCGCCAAUAACCAUUCUAACAACUAUCAACCACUUUCAGAACUGGAAGCUAUUGUGGCCUCGGUAGCCGAAUUGCUGUCUCCAGCCCUGCUAUGUUGCAUUCUUUCCGUUGCUCUUGAGCUGAGACCUCACGUUCUCCCCGUAUCACACCAACAGAAGGCUGCAUUUGACAAGGAAUAUCUGCGAGAAAGCACCCUGGCCCGGAUUUCAACGCUUUCCUGUCACUAUGAACCGAAUCUCCCCGACGCAUUCUCACUGCUCUUAUUUAGCACUACGUGGUGCUUCACACCGCCCCUUAUCAAGGCUUCGGCACGCUGGAACCACCUUGCAAGUAAAAUUGUUGUGGAUGCGAUGAAUUACCGCGUUUCGUCUCCGUAUAGCCUCGACAGGCACCGAGAGCGCAUGUAA